AUGGCCUUCUUCGAGGCAUUAUUUCGGGUCAGUAUCACGUCGAGCUCGCCCAAGCCAACCAAAGAGUCUUUCGGCGAGACGCUCCCACUUGAACCUGUGCCUCCCACCCCUCGACGAGUCAGCUCCAGGAAGCCAUCCGUAUGCCAGAAGAACCUCCCGAGAAGAAUUUUGGUGGAGAUAUUCAAGAUAGUUUGCAAAGUGCCAUGGACAUUGUCCAGUGACCCCGAACUUGAAGGUGGCAUCGCCUUCCCUCCAGUGGCUUUGAGCCAGGUCUGCUCAGCAUGGAGGAGAGUGGCACUCACGACGCCGGAGUUAUGGUUGUACAUCCACAUCUCCCUCCCAAUUCACCCAACCCUCAACCCUUUUCUCUUGGAAGAGUGGAGCCAACGGACAGGCUCGGGGCCAAGCGCGGGGCUGUAUCUCUUCAUCGCCGAGAGCAAAUCACGGCCACGCCAUCGAGCCGAAUACGGGCGUUCCCUCCAAUCCCUCCUACCAUUCUUCCAGAGCUGCAGCAUUAUCGAGCUCGAUCUCCCAGGCAAAAUGACCCUAACGACUCUGAUAUUAUCCUACCUCCGAGGGCGCACACAGUUCAAUCCCACGGUUAUUCUUGGAACGAGGACCGCGAAGGAGGCAAGAAAACGCCAUGCAUUCCUUCUCGACCGGGCUCAUUCGAGCUUGACGACCGCCAAUAUCCUGCCGGACGUUUACCAGUGGCAGUGGAAUUUAUUCCGCACAGACAGCGGCCACGCGACCAACGAUCUUAGGGGGUUAGCCAAAAAUGGGUUGUGGACCCAUAUCACCCAUGUGGACCUUUACGAUCCGAUCGAUCUUCCGACGUUCCACAACCUACUGCAUGCGAUGCAUAGGUGUACCAAACUUCAGAGUCUCCACGUUUGGAGUCUACGAAAUACAAGUGCCGGCGCAACGAGGGAAGUCCAGGCUAAUGGAGAGAUGCCGCAGUCAUUCUACAAAUUCGACAACCUUCACACCCUCACUCUAUACGGAACCACCAAAUUCGGCCUUAUCCUAACUAGCUUAAUCAUUCCUUCUCUCAGAAAACUGGAGCUUUCAUACGAUAGCUCCGAGGAGAUCCCUUAUUCAGAAGCCAGCACAUUCAAUUCUUUCCUCUCCCGUUCCUACCAACACCGCGUCCACUUGAAUUGCCAUCUGCACACCCUUACCCUCUCAUUUAUGAAGGGUAUCGUUGACGAAUCCACCCUCAGCGACUUCCUCACUUCCCCCCAUCUGUCACACUUGUCCGCGCUCAAUUUAACAGCAGAUAUCUCCGAGAAGAUCAUCGACCUUCUUGCAGCAAGACGCGGAUUGCGAUCGAUUUUUAUGCCUAAUUUACGAGAUAUACGCCUUAACGUCUGCACAGUUCGCAAUGCAAGGCUCUCGAAUAUGGUCUCUUUCCGACGCAACGCACCAGGUCCUGGGUGUUUGCCUUUGCAGCGGGUUGACAUUGUCGCAGAGAAAGCAGGCAAAGCAGAUCGGACAGAAUUUAAGAAGAUGUUUGAGCAAGGGCUAGUGGGGAAGUUCCAGUCUUUGAGUAGGCCACACGAAUAG